CACAAGCUAAUGUUAGAUGGAUGAUGCUUACAAGAUUCUCCAGGACAAGCUUUGCUCCAAAGCCAUCAUACUUAUAUUUUGCUUGUCAAAAAUAUAUGAAUAAGAUUUCCACAAAAAGAAAUAUAGGAAUUGCAGAAAACAGAAACUUCUGUAAGGGCUCUGUGCGUCUUGAAACAGUCAGUAGAGUAACAGAAAGAAAAAAUUCUCUUACUGGAGAAGAUUCAGAUUCAGCCUUUUUACAGCCCACUUUUUCAGAAGACAGCAGUAAAAUUAGUCAAGACAAAACCAUUCAUGAUCUCAGUAAAAAGAUAAAACUCCUUCUGAAGGGAUCCAAAGGCACAAGAAGACAACAUAUAGUGGACAUAAAUGUAGCAGAAACACUUGUAACAUAUUUGAAAAAAGAUCUAGGAGACAGUGAUAUCAUAGUUGAAUCUUCUCCUGGGAUUGGGCUGCUAACUGAAAUAAUUUUAACUGAGACUGAAAACAGUGUGGUAGUUUAUGAGCCCAACAACAAACUCAGGUCUAAUUUUGAAAAGUUGCUGCUGCCUCAAUAUUCAAGUCGUCUCCAGGUACAAAAGUAUGAUUUUGAAAAAUUCUAUGGAUAUUAUAUCAUAGAUCAAAAGGAACCUGAGAAGCCAAUAUUGCAGAACUUUUUAGAUCCUAUAUUGAGAAAAGAAGGAUCUGAAUUUUUGCCUGUAAAGAUAGUUGGUGUGAUAUAUGAUGCAAAAUUUAUUGCUAGACUGAUUUUCUCAUAUACCUUUCAGUGUUCUUUAUUUAGAGAAAUCUCACCUGUCCUGUACAUAUACAUCCCUUUCAGCAUAUAUUGUAAAAUAACCCGUGACCUUAAUUAUGUAUAUAAUAGCCAUGGUCUACAAUUUCAAUACUACUUUAAUGUGGAGACCUUACAUGUGGCAUCUAAGGAAAGUUUCUAUCCUAUCUGCACCAAGUUUAGGAAAAAAAUGAGAGAUAAUGAUGACAUGUAUCUUGUCAAGAUUUCACCAAAGAAGGAGUUUCUCCAGGAGGUGCCAAAGAAAGAGCUGGAGAGUUUCCACUACUUCAUGAACACAAUAUCUCGCAUCAAGAGGGCUGAUUCACUUAUCAUAGGGAUGGAGCGCUGGAUUCCUGACUGUGGCCCAGUGCUUAUUAAGAAUGGCUUCCAUGUAUUUGCACAUCCAAGAGAGUUAUCAACAGAGCAAUUAUUGCAAGCCUACAAGAUUUUCAAAAAUUUACCAUCAUAUCAGGAAUCCACUUUCCAUUACCAGAGACAACAGUUUGUUGCAAGAUAUGGAUCAAAAGAUGAAGAAAUGCUAGAGAGUAAAUCAACUGAUGAAACUGUUGACUUGGAUGACCAUGAGUUCUUGGAAAAUUGAAAGUAACUUUCUAGCUGAACUUUUGAAAAAUUUGAAAUUUCGUACUAUACUAUAGAUUUUCCUUCAGCAGCUGAUAGUAGAGAGAGAAUAUUUCUGUUCUAUGACAGGGAUGAGUCGAGGUGUAAAGAAUGUAGCACAAGGCUUUCAAGGGUGACAAAGAAAAUAAUUAGAAAAGGCAGUGAAGUGGGUAAAAUUGUUGGAACUUUAUGUAUGAUCAUGGCAGGAAGGUGUGUAGACAAGAGAAAAAGAAAGAAAGAAAAAAAACAUUAUCCACUUCACAUGCAUGGAAGUAUUAUCUUUCACAGUUAAUGUAAUCCAAUAGGAUAAAAUGUAAAAGAGAUGUGUUUUACAGUGCCUUUAAGAUUAUAUAAUUAAAUUGGAAACAGCUUACCUCAUAGUCUUUAAGAUAUUAUGAAUGAUUUUGACUCAGCACUCCCCACAGUGUCAGUUACAUAACAGAGUAUAACUAUAGCAGUGCUGCUAAAUUUUUGUCAUCUUGAAUGACAGCUUGGUUGAUGUGCCAAAACAUCCUGAAACAUCAAACUUGCAGAGUUGAACAGUUGAUUCUAGCAAAUAAAAUGAAAAUGUCAUAUGAUAAAAAUAAAAUUUAGUUGACAAGAUUUUCACCAUGUUCAAAUAGAUAUCAUGCAACAUAGCACAAAGCUCUUAUGGGGUUCCUGUUAUUUAUAUAGCGUUUCCUUCAAUCAUAAUGUAUCUUGUCCUGUGUAUUCCAAAGAGUUUUGGCUGUCACUCUUCUGUAACUCACUCAAGAAAGAAUAUUCUAGUUGGAUACAUCUAAUAAGAGUGAGUAGGGAAUGCAUUGUUACUUUAGAGAUUUUGAACAGAAUUAUGUCUUAUGUUCCCAGAAAGGUUAAUCCUGAAGUGCUGGCAUAUCAAGCACUUGUCAGUCCUCUUGCACAAUAAGAGCAGGUUCCUCACUUCUGGAGAGCACACUUCUUGCAGAGUGAGAGGUGGUCACAGUAUCAUGUCAUGCUAAAAACAGACAACCUAACAGAUGUACAGAAACAGCUGCUGUAAGUAAGAGAAGGCAUACUGAGCAACCUGUACAGUGUGGUGGAAAAAGGUAAUAACAUGAAUGAAGUCACACCUCAUCAGUAAUCAGGAGAUAUUAAUCAGAGCUUUUGCACAUUACUACAUGCUAGCUGCUUAGUUGUCUUAUCCUGCAUCAUGUAAAUCCAUGUUGUAUCUUGUAUUUAUUGGAUGAUACCCUAUCAGUACUUGGGGAAAGAAAGAAAAAAACUUUAAUAUGGAAGAAAAUGCACUGGGAAAAAAAACUAAGAUGUGCUUCCAUUAUGAGAAGAUAUGGUAUAUCUAAAAAAAAAAAAACGAUAGGUAAACUGUGGGAUGUUUAGUAAAAAAAAAUAUAUGGCUGUGAAGUAAAGCAAUUCCAGAGUACAGAUCCACAGAUACUAUAGAAUUGGUAUCACAGUUGGAUGGCUUGCAGAGGGAGUGGCAUUACUGUAGAUUCUAUACAACAUCCUGUUAGAGCUUUAAAUAUUCAAACACUGGUGCCAUGCUGUUUCAAUAAAAAAUAAACAAAUGCA